GUAAACCCAGCAUUCAGUAUUUCAGUUUCGUGUUUCUAAAACAUGAACAGAUGUUGGUGUAAAUUGUAAGUUUGUGAAAUAAUAAUUGUUGUUAAUUGCGCUAGAGAGAGAAGUGAAAAUUUGCAGCAUGUCUCGAUAUCGGUCUGAUCCAGAAUCUUUGGACUUGGAAAAGCCAAGUGCCUGCUCCAAUUUUCUACACUAUAGCUGGAAAACGAUAACGUGUAUAUUUUCGCAUGUAACUCUCAUAUCCAUGGUGGUUUCUUAUUGUUACCUCGGAGCGGUCACAUUUGAGGCACUGGAAGUGAAUCAUGAAAAAGAAGUAAAGAAGUCAAUUAGACUGAUUCGGGACAACACCACUCUGUAUUUAUGGAAUUUUACCCAAGAAAUGGAUGCCUUAAAAGAGGAAAACUUUGUGCCUGUUGCUGAAAAAUACCUGAAAGAUUUCGAGAAUUCUCUUCUGAAGUCCAUGGCAAAGGAUGGAUGGGAUGGAGAAGAAGAUCCAAAUAAAGUGCAAUGGACCAUGGCAGGAGCAUUAUUUUAUUCGAUCGUCGUGAUUACAACUAUUGGAUAUGGACAUAUAACGCCAAAAACCAACUGGGGGAAGGUAGUGACCAUUUUUUACGCAAUUCUUGGUAUUCCGCUCAUGUUGCUAUGUUUAUCCAACAUUGGUGAUAUAAUGGCAACUUCUUUCCGAUUUCUUUACUGGAGGGUAUGUUGCUAUGUCUGUCAAAAGAAGCCGAAGCGAAGGCAAAGAGGAAGAUCGUUCCGAGUUACGUCCAGAAAUGAUUCGAGGAUCACUCGGUCACGAUCAGCAACGUCAUUCAGAAGAUCGGUUAGAGCUUCUGGAAAGUCAGCUGAUAGUGGAUAUGGCAUAUCAGAUGGUGGUCCAAACUACCAUUCUGAUACUGAACUCAGAUACCCAGAUGAGUUUGGAACAGCACCGCAAUUAUCGCGAGGCUCCAGCUUACCUAAUAGACCAAGUCGCUUCUCUGAACCAGCUACGCCUGCUAGGAAGCAUCCGUACCAGAAACACAAUAACUUUCAAAGAAGCGACUCGUUGGAUAGAAAAAAGUUUGCAGCUGUUCAAAAAGAGCGUGAAGUUGAACUAGAUCCAAUGCUUCUAGGAGACACUCCGAUUUUGUGCAAUCGAUAUGUAGUAGGCAAACAUGAUGCUUUUGCCAAUAAUAUUCCAGGUAUCACCUUAAGAAAACUGAACGUUGAUGCUAGAGUUUCAAAUCCAGCAAGGCGUGCUUUAUCAGUGCCAAAAUCUUCAAAUUUUCUCGAACCUCCCAGAAGCUACAGUCCAGAUUCUUCAUCUGAUAAAGAGGACACUGAUGAACCUUUGAGGAGUAGAAGAAAGAUUAAGCCCCGACAGCCUAAGUCACCUCUUCCCAACUCCAGUCCAAGAAUGAUGACUCCUCUAGGCUAUGGCCAACGAAACAAGUACCUAGACGAUCCGGAUUCGGAUGAAAUGGACGAGUUUAAUUCAUAUUAUGAGAGCAGCGGCAGAGAGAAGCCAAAACCAGUGCCAAUUUGGUUGUGUGUUCUGUUGGUUAUUAGUUAUAUUUUAGCUGGAGCGUAUUUGUUUAAAUCAUGGGAAGGAUGGGAUUAUUUGGACGCAGCAUACUUUUGUUUUAUCACUUUAACUACGAUCGGCUUUGGAGACUUAGUUCCUGCAAAAGGCGUCAGCCAAGACAGGGAUUAUGCAACAAUAAGUAUUGCCCUCUGCUCCCUUUAUCUCCUGUUUGGAAUUUCUCUACUGGCAAUGAGUUUUAAUCUGGUUCAAGAAGAGGUAAUUUCCAAUGUAAAGAGCAUUGCUAAAACUUUAGGUAUAAUAAAGUCCGACUCGGACGAUUCAGAAGACGAGGACUGAGGAAUUAUAUUCAGCUUAGUUUUAGAACCUCUUUAUUAACUGUUAGAAUAUGUGUUAGAAUUCAUAUUAAUAACAUUAAUGUGUCGUUUAAAAUAAACUAUAAAAUUGAA